AUGAGCGAUAAUUUUCAAGCACCACCGCCAUCAUAUGCGGAAUUUCAAAAUAAAUAUGCUCCUGCUGAACCAAUACAAACAUAUCCUAUGCCUCAACAAGGAGAAUUUGCUGAAAUGAAAUAUCAAACAAUUAAUCCGCCUAAUACAGUAGUUUAUGGAGUACAAGUUGUUCCUUUGGCAUCAUUUAAUAGAAGUCCCACGCAAUGUACUUGUCCUAAUUGUCGAUCAACAAUUAUUACACGUACUGAAGAAACAACUGGAUUAUUAACAUGGCUUUUAUGUAUUUUAUUAAUUGUAUUUGGUUGUUGGCUUGGUUGUUGUCUUAUACCAUUUUGUGUAUCAGAUUUACAAAAUGUUAAACAUUAUUGUCCAAGUUGUAAUGCUUUUCUUGGUGAAUAUCGCCCUUUAUAA